AUGUCAACAUCCCAAAUCUACCCAGUCUACAAAGUGAAACUGAAACUAGCAAUCCAAGACCCAGACAUGCCAUCACCCCGAUACCACACCAUCCUCUUCGUCCAAACGAACACCCAAGGUCCAGGUAGCGGCAUCAAGCACCACGUCACAGGCGAUAUUGUCACAGGCAUGCACUACGAGCCAGCAGAAUACAACGACCCAGAAACAGACGAGAAUUUCUUCUCAAAGGAACUCAUCGGACACACCAGAGCCCUCAACUAUCCCAAGAAUUGGAACGAUAUUCUCAAGUCCAUCCCGGCGCCACCGAAGCAGAAGGCUUUCAACAAAGUGACGAUGAAGACGGAGCCCAUCAAGAGUUGGGAUCCUGUGACAUUUUACGAGCCUGGAGAGCCUCGUCGGCCGUUGAUUAAAUGCACAGAGUGGAUUGAGGAUCAGGCUAUUCCGACUUUGAUUAAUGCGGGCUUGAUUCAAUGGAGGCAUGAGCGCAUAGCUGGUGCUUGA